AUGAAGUUCGUCACCACCUUCCUCCUGCCCUGCCUCGCCGGCGCGUCGGCCUUGAAUGGCCUGCCCGACGACAAGCCCGACACCACCGUCGGCGGCAAAGUCUGCGACUGCAAGGGCGCCGCUGCCAGCACCGGCACCAACGCCACCGACUACCUCUGCGGCGACAAGCGCCUCGGCCCCAAGCAGCUGCCCACGAAGCUGCCCCUAGGAAGCUUCGUCGCGAGCUACAACCGUCUUGGAAACGACGACGUCUCCGUCGAGGAGUUCCUCGGGGCCUGGACGGGACCCGACGGCCGCUACAAGUACCCCCCGCAGAAUGGCUUCACGCUCGACGUCAAUGGCGACGCGGUGAACGGGACACUGCAGCUCGAGGUUGGCACGCUUCUGGAUCGCUUCGGCAGUGAGUAUGGCACCUACGUCUCGGCGGCCAGCGCCCCAUUCUCGCAGCGCUCCCUCCCGCCGUCCAGCCUCGACACGGACCCCAGCAACCCAGAUUUCCCCUACGGAUACCACCUGUACAAGGUCAUUCGCCCGUUCAGCGUCGUUGGAGGGCCGAUUGCGCCGUGGUUUGGCCAGCCCGGUCUGGGCGCGCAGUUUUACACUGGCGGCGUGGGCAACAUCAUGAAGCUGAUUGCCGACGGCUUCAUUGAGCGUCAAGAUCCGUCGAUCCUGGUGACUCGCUCGCAGGGCGCCUGCACUCAGCCGACGGCGGAAUCAUAUGGAAGAAGAUAA